AUGGCUUUAUUGGAAACGCUACUGCGAGAUCUCCAUCGUAUUGCAGGCAAGCAUCCAUUGAUAAUCGGAGGGGACUUCAACAGUCAGCAUACUGACUGGGGCUACCGCACCACCACGGCGCGAGGACGACGACUCUGGUCCUUGGUACAAGAGCUCCGCCUCACAAUACACAACAACUUUAACACCCCCACGAGAAUUGGCAACAGUGUCAGCGCGGACACCAGCCCGGACUUGGCGCUGAGCCGCAACCUUGCGGGUAUUACGAGGAACACAACACAUCACACAUUAGGGAGCGAUCAUUACAUCCUCUACGUUACAGUACCCUACAAACAAAGAACGACCCCUCACCUAACGCACAAACUCACCAACUGGGAUGCAGUCCGCGCCGCACGGGCGGCCCUUCCUGACGCUCCCAUUACAGACAUCGACCAGUGGGUGGCAUCACUCAUGAACGAUGUCUCCGCACACACUCGAACCCUUGACACCACACCAGAUACGCCCACCCUCGACACUCACCUGGCGCACCUAUGGGAGGCCCAUCAUAGCAUCCUAGAGCGCUGGAAAGGGCAAAAGCUCAACCGGACCCUUAAAAAGCGGCUAGCCGCACUGCAAACAAAAAUUACUGAGCACUCUGAGGAGCUCUGCCGAUCCAACUGGGGACAGAUUUGCAAUAGUAUGGCUAGCAAUCUGUCCUCCAAGCGCAGUUGGCAACUCCUCCGUCACUUAAUUGACCCCACACAAUCUAAAACAGCCACACAACACCACGUCACACGCCUUAUACACAAGACCAACCUUUCUCCCGACGCACUCAUCGACAUACUUAGGAACACACACACAACUCCCGGUACCUCAAACCCCCUGCCCCCCUAUGCAGGCACCCCGAAUGCCAAUCUCGACGCGGAGAUUACGGAAGCAGAAGUCAGAGCGGCCCUCCUGACUCUCCGCUCCAAUUCCACUCCAGGAGUUGACCGUGUCUCCAAUAGCAUGCUCCGCAAUUUGGACGAUCAGUCGAUUGCCCAGCUCACGGAGUACUUCAACGCAUGCUGGCAGCAGGGCACCCUUCUGCAAUCCUGGCGUCACGCCAAAAUCUUAUUCAUACCCAAGCCCCACAAACCCCUUACACCUGCAAAUCUUCGCCCCAUCUCCCUAACCUCAUGCCUGGGCAAGCUUUUGGAGCAUGUCGCACUCGCCCGACUCACACAACACAUGGCGGAGCAAGACCUCUACCCGCACAGCAUGGUGGGCUUCCGACCCCACCUGUCGGCACAGGACGCCAUGCUCCAGCUCACACAGGACAUUUUCGACCCCCUCAUACCGGGCCACACAAAAGCCGUCCUCGCCUUGGAUCUCUCCAAGGCCUUUGAUCGCCUAGACCAUCGAGCGAUAAUGGCGGCGCUCUCCCCCUUGAACAUAGGUGAACGUAUGUACACCUAUAUGCAAGCAUUCCUUACUAACCGGUCUGCCGAAAUUCACUUGGGUCCCCACACAUCCCGCCCAUACACCCUUAGUGGGAUUGGCACCCCCCAGGGAUCUGUCCUCUCACCUUUUCUCUUCAAUGUCACUCUCAUUCCCCUUGUCCGCGAACUACAAAACAUCCCUCACCUUCGGCACACACUCUAUGCUGAUGAUAUCACUCUAUGGACCACCCAUGGCAGUGAUGGAGACAUAGAGAAUACUCUUCAGUCGGCAGCUACCCUCACCCAAACACAUGCGCGGAGUAUCGGACUCUCAUGCUCUCCGGAGAAGUCGGAGCUCCUCAUACUCCGCCCCACAACCCGAAACUGCCCCACCACCCCUAUAACCGUGACACUGGAAAACCGGUCCAUCCCUGAGGACCUGUACCAGUGCUUGCCGUUCCGAUGUGCCGAGAGCCUUGGUGAUCAUGCCGAGCAUUAG